AUGUCUCGAUUAAAAUCCAUUGUUCAAUUAUUAACAAAUCAUGGUUUUAAACAACCAAUACAUCAUUCAAUUUAUUUUACACCAAAAUAUGGUAAUCCAUAUAAUUUAUUAAAAGAUUUCAAUGCAUAUAAUUGGAUAUUAAUUAGUGAUGAAUAUAUUCAUGAAAAUUCAUCAUUAAAUUAUCGUAAAAAGCUCUAUGAAUUUUUUUCUGAAUUAGAUAUUUCAAAUUUUUUAUUUCCAAUUAAUAAUUUUACAUAUGAACAAUUUAAUUCUUUAAUUAAAAUUCAAUCAAUAUCAAUGAAUAAAAAACUUUUUUUAGCAUUACAAGAAACUUAUAUAAAUUUUCAUAUUAAUGAAUUAUUUUUAAAUUAUUUAAAAGAAUCUAUAUGGAUACCAACAAUUCAAAUAUUUUAUUCUUAUAAUGAACAAAAUAAUUUAAUUGAAUUAAAUAAAAUUUAUAAAUUAGAUAAAUCAAAUAAUAUUUAUAUAAAAACAAAACAAAUUGAACAACUUUUUGGACAACAUAUUCAAUAUAUUGAUAUUGAUAUUGAUAUUAAUUCUUCAUUUGCAAAUGAUAUUGGUCUUAUUAAACAUAUAACAUUAGUUGAUGUUAUUUCAAUGUUACUUAAUUGGUGUAAUAAUUCAAUUUUUUAUACUUCAAUAUCUCAUAUGCAAAAUAUUUAUCAAUAUAUUUAUGAAAAUAUGAAUAUUAAUGAAUUACGAGAUUUAAUUAAUACUAAAUCAAUUUUUUUUGUACCUUAUUCAUCAUCAUUAAAUCAUACAGAUAUUGUUCGUGGUAGAUUUGUUAAUAUAUCUGAAGUUUAUUGGUAUGAUUCAACAAAUCUUUUUAUUAAAUAUUCUUCAUUAUUGAAAAUAACUAAUCAUUAUUUACUUGAAUCAUAUUAUAAUGAACAAAAAACAAUUUUUCUUGAUAUAUUUUCUAUUCGAUUAAAUCCAACAAUUGAAGAAUAUAUUAAUUUAUUAGUUCAUAUCUCAUCACUUGAAAUAACAGAAAAUACAAUUCAAGAUGCAUUUUUAAUCUUUAAAACUAUUGGAAAAUUUUGUGAACAAUCAAAUAAUCUUAUAGAAAAAAAAGAUUUACAAAAUAAACUAUCUCAUAAAUCAAUUUUUCCUACAAAAGAUUAUCGUUGGGUUUCAUUAGAUGAUAAUCCAUUGAUAUGUGAUAAUAAUGAUAUUGCUCAAUUAUUUAUUCAUAUUAAAAAUAUUUCAUUGAUUGAUAUAUUAUCAUCAGAUGUUUUAAUAUUUUUUAACAUGUGUGAUAUAAAAUCACUUUCAUCAUCAAUUACAAUAGAACAUAUUAUUAAAAAUCCAUCGAAUGGAAUAUUUAUUCAAAAUUUACUUUCUUCACUUAUUCCAUAUGUACAAUUAUUUAUGAAAUCUCGAACAGAAUUUUUUGAUGCAUAUCAAUGGACAAAAUCAAUAAAUAUGUCAUCAUUACUUAUGAAUAUUCAAUUUAUUAUUGUUGAUUAUCUUCAAUUAAUUUAUCGAUUUAAAUCUGAUUCAUCUAUUUGUAUAAUUCAAGAAGAAAAAUUUUAUUAUGAUAAAAAUUCAAUAAUUUUUUAUAUUCAUCAUGAAUGGACAAAACAAUCGAAAUAUUAUCGUAAUAUAUUUCAUUCAUUUGCUCGUAUAUUUAUACCUUAUCAUAAUGAUGAUUUAAUUUGUUCACUUGGCAAUUUUAUGAAUUUAUUAUAUAAUGAAGAAGAAAAUAAUCUUGAAAUAUUUGCUAAAUAUCAACAUUUUGAUUUAGAUUUCAAAGAUUUAAAUGAUAUUCCAUGGCAUAUACCAUCAACAUCAAAACAAAUAAAAUCUAUUGAACCAAAUAUUGAUGAAAAUAAAGUUCGAAUGUUACUUGAAAAUGUUGCUCAAAAUCAAGAACAAUAUAAUGCUUAUAAACAAAAGAAACGACAAGAAUUAAAACAACAUCUAUCUGAAACUUCUACAAUUUCGACUAAUUUAUCUAUUGAACAUCAAAAUUCUUCUGAUGAUUUGAUUUCUCGAUUUGAUAAUAUUCGUUCUGGUGCCUUAUCAGCAAUCAUUGAUACACCCUAUGAAACUAUUGAACAACAUACUAAACAUGUGAAUAUCGAAGAUCUAACUCAUCAAGUACUUGAUAAUCGAAAUUCAACAAUUGGUUCGGAUCAAGAAUCUUUGGAAAAAAUUGGUCGAUGGGGUGAACAAUGGGUUAAUGAAUAUCUUCGUGCUAAAUAUCAUGAUAAAAUUCAAUUGAAUGAAAUUGAAAUUGUAUGGCUUAAUGAAAAAUUAGAACAAGGAAAACCAUAUGAUUUUAUUUUAAAAAAUCUUAAAACGAAUAUAAUAACAUAUAUUGAAGUAAAAAGUACUUUAAGUAAUAAUCGUCAAUUAAUACCAAUAACAUAUAAUGAAUUACAAUAUUGUUGUUCAUUGUCAGAUAUAAAUCAACAUUUUCAAAUCUAUCGUAUUUAUAAUACUGGUCAAGUAAAAAAAGUUAAAUUACGUAUUGUUGAAAAUGUUGAAGAAAAAUUACGUAAACAUGAUUUAGAAUUGUUUUUGUUAAUUUGA